AUGGGCGGCGGGCCCAGAACCUUCCCCAGAGGCAUAUCCAAGUGGCAGUGGAAGCGCAUGCAGGCCAAGAAAGCCAAGCAACUCCUCAAGGCCCGCCUCUGCCGCGAGCGCCAAAUCUGCGAGAUGCGAAAGCGGGCCGAGCUCAAAGCAGCCAUGUCGGAGCUCGAGCGCCCUUGGGAGACCGUCGAGGAGCCUCCCAAUUUGUUCUCUGUCAAUGCUGAUGAGCAAGUUAAGGUCUUGGCCGAUUGGUUCCAAAAACCGGGAGGGUUUGACUUGUGGACCGAGAGGGAUGGGCCGAAGCUGUUUCAGACCAUAAAGGACCUGCCGUCGACGAGGUUUUUUCCCAAGGGGGUUGUGCAUAGUGAGGCCACAACCGGCAAACAAAAUUUAUAA